UAAAAUGUCGCUCGAAUAUGGAAUCGCGUAUUUUUUUUGUCGUACACUUGCCACUUAAGGGCGGUGAAGGGGUUGAAAGUAAAUUUUUUGUCAUUCAAUUUUUUCCUUUGUGUUGUUACAGCUGGCACUGCCGCGGAAAAGGUUACUUUGGACCAUGGAGACAAUGCAAGCUUCUGCUUUACGGGCGAGAAUGGUGCGGCCAAAAUAAUGCCUCCAGAUUUCAACCAGUGUUGGCUGUGUGGAUUGCGGGAUUAGCCGCCGCCGGCGCUUCCGCCCUUUUGGCGAUUGUAGUCGCUCUGGCUGUGCUGCAAUUAGCCAUGGCCUCUUCCGCAAAACGGGUCGUAAUUUCGUAUAGUACUGCCCUAAUAGGCAAAGUCGCUCUCGCUACAUUGGCAACGGCAUUGUCGAUUGUGGCAGCGAGUCUCUUCGCUUUGCAAACGGAUGAUCGAGCUAAUAGCUUCGUCAUCACGAGAGGAGAGGCCUUUUAUAUGCAGUUGGCUGCCAUCGCUCUAAACUUCGGCGUGCUGGUGUCCGCUAUUUACGAGGGUAUUUACGCCCGAAGAGGCGGCGACCCGACCAAGAUUAGGGUCGUCACGGAUCCCCGUGGAGGUACCAUAAAUAAUCCAGGAUAUCGGGAAUAUCACCAGCCAACGAACGGUGGUUCGAUCUCGAUGACAGACGCCAGCGGGAAACCUUACGUCGGAGGAGCCGGAAACGGAUCGACGGCGUCGGUGGCGACUUCCGGGAGCGUGGCCAGCACGGCCUCGCCCCUCAGGAGCUCCCUGAAGAAGCCGAAACCCCUCGGGAUCCACAAUCCCGGCUUCUCGGCGCAAAGCCCGACCCUGUCUAGGAACGGCUCGCAGAAAAAAGUGCGUAUACAGACGCACUCGACGGAAGUUUAGAUUCCCCCGACGUCUUUCUCUCUUAUCAUGUGUUAUUAUUGACACGUGAGAGAGAGAGAGAGAGUUCGUAAGUGUCGAUCGUUUAAGGACGCUGUGACAGGAAGUCAGCUGACGAGACGUCUACUAAAAUAGUUUCAAGAGGUAUGUUUCAUCAACGGUAGGUGGUCUCCGCUUAUUACUGUUGGUUGAUUUUCGCGCGCAAUUAAGGAACGAAAUCGAGGGUCUUGCAUUUACACUGAAAACAAUUAACUUGACUUAAAUCAACUAAAUAUUAUUUUAUUAAUUGAACAUAUAAAAAUAUUUAAAUUAAAUAUAAUAUAUUAAAUCUAACACACACAAAAUAACGUAUAUUUGAUAAAUACUAAUAUAUGUUCAAUUAACAAAAUAGUAAUUUAAUUGAACGGUUUAGUCGAGUUAGCAAAUUUUAUUUUUAGUGUAGCUGCUUCAUCGUAGUCGCCCGACGAUUUCGCGAUAUGUAUAAUGGGACUUUAAAUCAAUUCCGAAGACGGGAAUCGAAUCGCUCGCUAGAAAUUUAUCGUUUUAUUACGGCGGAAUGUAAAUAGGCUGAUAAACGCGAUCGAUAAUCUCCCCUCCGAAGCUCUCGGAAGCUACCUGAAUUAAAUAUUAAGCAAAUCCAGAUCAAACGCAAGAUUGACGGCAACUCGUCACUUUACACUUUUCUACUAUAUCCUUACACGAUGUCUAUAUUCGAUAUAAAUCGAUUCGAUAGAAUAUGGAUAGCGAACUGAAAGCGUACUGGUGAGAAAAUAGAAUGGACGAAAAUAAAGAAAUAUAUUCAUCUUGUAGGAAAUAGAGAUAAAAAUUAAUAUUAUAUAAAUAUGAUAAAAAUCUUGUUAUCGUGAUGUAAAUGUAUAGUAACAAAAAGUUAAAUGUGCAGUAUAUAAAUGUGUAUAAAGUAGAAAAUAAUAAAUUCUGAUUUAAUAUCAUAUUUUCACAAAUCUUAAAAAGUGUCAGCAAUAAAAUUUGCACAUAUUACACACAAUUUUACAGGGUAUUGAAAUAAAAAAUAUAACUUUCAUAUAUCGAUUAUUAAAUUGUAUUAAACUAAUCGUAAAUGAAACGUCGAUUAUUUCUUUAAAAAUUUUAAAUGUAAAACGAAAAAAAUAUAAAUUUUAA